CUGGAUGUAAAUUGAGCCUGAGUUUCCAGGCGAGUGCUUGCUCUCUCUCAGCGUGUGUGUGCGUGAGUGUUUGUGUGUGUGUGUGUGUUAUCAUUAUUAUCCAGCCUGCUCAUGAUGGCCAGAUUCACCGAGACUGAAACGAGACGAGAGCAGCACCACCGUCUAGCGCACGGCAGCCUCGUCCUCGCAGCGCCAGCGCCGAACCAGUACCCGCCUCCACAGCUCGCCCUCCCCAAACCCAUGAACGGCUCCGAGCCCAUCUCCAUACACCCAGACAGCGGCAGCAGCAUGAAGGAUCAGGACGCGAUAAAGCUGUUUAUCGGGCAGAUUCCGCGGAACCUCGAGGAGAAGGAUCUGAUGCCGCUGUUCGAACAGUUCGGGAAGAUCCACGAGCUAACGGUGCUGAAGGACCGGUACACGGGCAUGCACAAAGGCUGUGCCUUCCUCACAUACUGUGCCAGGGAGUCUGCAAUCAAAGCACAGAACGCUCUGCAUGAACAGAAGACGCUGCCUGGGAUGACGCGUCCGAUCAAGGUGAAGCCAGCGGACAGCGAGAGCCGUGGAGAAGACAGGAAGUUGUUUGUGGGGAUGCUGAGCAAGCAGCAGAGUGAGGAGGAUGUGUACCGCCUCUUCCAGCCCUACGGAGUCAUCGAGGAGUGCACCGUGCUCAGGGGCCCUGACGGAAACAGCAAAGGCUGUGCGUUUGUAAAGUACUCCACACACGCCGAGGCCCAGGCAGCGAUCAGCGCUCUGCAUGGGAGUCAGACCAUGCCACCCAGCUCGCCUUCUCUCCCCCUCCAGGGCGCCUCCUCCAGCCUGGUGGUGAAGUUCGCCGACACCGAUAAGGAGCGCACGAUCCGCAGGAUGCAGCAGAUGGUCGGCCAGUUUGGGAUCUUCAACCCCGCCGUCGCUCUGCCCUUUGCCACGUACAGCACCUACGCACACGCAUUGAUGCAGCAGCAGGCUGCUCUCAUGGCUGCCUCUCAUGGGGGGUACCUGGCCCCCAGCGUUGCGUUCCCGGCCGCUCAGAUCCACCAGAUGGGGGCCCUGACCCUGAACGGGCUGCCGGCCGCGCCCAUGACGCCAGUGUCGGGUCUCAGCUCUCCCCCCUCCAUCGCCCCCUCAGCAGUUCCCAGCAUCGUGACCCCCCUCGUGAAUGGCUUCACCGGGCUCCAUCACCAGCCCAACGGGCACCCUGCCGUGGAGGCUGUCUACACCAACGGCUUGCCAGCAUACUCAGCUCAGAGCCCCAGUGCAGCAGACACCCUCCAGCAAGCCUUCACAGGGGUGCAGCAGUACACAGCGAUCUACCCAGCGGCCACUCUGACCCCCAUUGGACAGCCCGUCCCCCAGCCCCCCCCUCUCAUCCAGCAGCAGAGAGAAGGGCCCGAGGGCUGUAACCUCUUCAUAUACCACCUGCCCCAGGAGUUCGGAGACAACGAGCUGAUGCAGAUGUUCCUGCCCUUCGGGGCGGUCAUCUCCUCCAAGGUAUUCAUGGACCGAGCCACCAAUCAGAGCAAGUGCUUCGGGUUUGUGAGCUUCGACAACCCGGCCAGCGCUCAGGCUGCCAUCCAGACCAUGAAUGGAUUCCAGAUCGGCAUGAAGAGGUUGAAAGUCCAGUUGAAACGGCCGAAGGAUGCCAGCCGCCCGUACUGACAGAGGCCGAGAGCCAGCACUCCCUGUGCCAGCGCAGGCCAUAAGAAAAGAGGAGACAUCUUGGAGGAGUUUUACUUUUUUCUUUUAUAAAAAAAAAAAACUAAAGCAGCUUCUUGGAGACGUAUCGGUGUUAAUUUAAGAAGCUGUUCCAGAGCAAAGCGAGAAGAUGCGCCGAUCCUCGACAGCGGAGAGCGAACACAAAGGAACAAACAAGCAAAACUCAGAUCGGAAACGUUACUGCAGCGCUGUCUUCUUAUCAAGACUGGAAUUUUUAAAUUAAGCAAAAAAAAAAAAAAAAUAUAUAUAUAUAUAUAUAUAUAAACAGCAGAGAGCUUGAGAUUUUUUGGUUUUACUUUACUGAACAAAUGAGGGUUAAAACUUGAAGAUUGCAGGAAAACAAGAGAGCGAUGUGGGAUAAAAACGAAAGGAAUCGCUUCUCCUGCAGGAGGACUGGCUGUCUGUCCCCCUGUCUGUGCCUCUCUCUUCUUGACAAGCUGAGGGGUUGCUGAGGUUCACAAGCUCUCCUUCUUUAAGGACCAAAGGACCAAACAUUUGUAUUGUUCUAUACUGUAAUGUAUAAUAAUAUUGAGGAGGAUUCGAAUAAUAGUUCAGGGUUUGGGGUGGAAAGAGGUUGGCUGUCUUUCUUUUAUCUGUACAUCUUAUUGAGUUUCAGGAUCAAACUAAUUGCUAAUGCUAUAAUAGAAGAGUAUUUAGUGGAGUAGAAUACUUUGAGUAGAUAUUGAUCAGGGCAUGCUCAGAACUGCAGUAACAGUGAAUCUUCAGUCAUGGGAAUUUUGUAUAAAAGUCUGAAGAGGUCGCUUCAUCUGGGACACGUCUUUUUUAGUUUUUAAAAGCAUAGGAUGAAAUCAGCAAUAGCAACCCCUGCAGGUUUACAGUGCGCCCCUGCUCUAGAACACACACCCACACCCACACCCACACCCACGCACGCACACUGACACACACACACCCACACACACGCACACCC